AUGUCAUAUUCUGUUGAACAAAAAGUUCAAUUAGCCGCAGAGGCUGCUCGUCUUCAACAAUUAUUAAAUGACCAAGAAAAAGAACUUGAACAAUGGAAAGAAAUUUAUCAAAAAUUACUUGAAAAAUUAGGAAAUAUCAAAAAUGAUAUAGCUGAUGCUGUGAAAGAAUCUUUACCUGAAAUUUUAAAUGAAUCACUUAAAGGUGUUAAUAUUGGUGAUGAUAUUAAACAAACGAUAAUUGAUGAAGCAGAAAAAAUUAUAAAGAAAAUUGAUGAAAAUCCUAACUACAUAGAUUUAACAGAAGAAAUUAAUAAUAUAAAAGCG